AUGGGCAUGAGUAGCUUGAAAUUGCUGAAAUAUGUCCUGUUUUUCUUCAAUUUGAUCUUUUGGUUCUGUGGCUGUUGCAUUUUGGGCUUUGGGAUCUACCUCCUGAUCCAUAACAACUUUGGAGUGCUCUUCCAUAACCUCCCCUCUCUCACGCUGGGCAAUGUGCUUGUCAUCGUGGGUUCCAUUAUCAUGGUGGUUGCCUUCCUGGGCUGCAUGGGAUCCAUCAAGGAGAAUAAGUGCCUGCUUAUGUCGUUUUUUGUCCUGCUGCUGAUUAUCCUCCUUUCUGAGGUGACCUUGGCCAUCCUGCUCUUCGUGUAUGAACAGAAGCUGAAUGACUGUGUGGCUGAGGGUCUGACGGACAGCAUCCAGCAGUAUUACUCAGACAACAGCACCAAGGCGGCAUGGGACUCCAUCCAGUCAUUUCUGCAAUGUUGUGGUGUAAAUGGCACGAGUGAUUGGAUGGGCAGCCCACCAGCAUCUUGCCCCCCAGACCCACAAGUUAAGGGUUGCUAUGUAAAAGCAAAACUGUGGUUUCACUCCAAUUUCCUGUAUAUUGGAAUCAUCACUAUCUGUGUAUGUGUGAUCCAGGUAUUGGGGAUGUCCUUUGCACUGACGUUGAACUGCCAGAUUGACAAAACCAGCCAGGUCCUAGGAUUAUGA